AUUUGAAUUUACAGUUCUGUUCUGCAAUUCACAGUUGAAGGACUGAUGAAGAUCAAAACUGUGUUAUUCUGAUAAAACGACAUCAGAAUGGAACCAUUGAGUGCCAGUUGCUUGAAUUUGGCUAUCCAAGAAGAUGCUGCCAAUGAAAAAAUACUCAAUGAUAAACUCACUGAAAUGAUAGUGAGCUCCAAAUCGCUGAGUAGAUAUGAAGGAAAAUCAUUCAAAACUAUAUUACCACAGGUUAUUGCCACAUUCAUCUCAGCAGGAUACCAUAUAGUAGUAGGAAUGGCUCUAUCAUACUCUGCCAUCCUGAUACCAGCAUUGAACGGAAAUAUAACUGAAGAUGGCAAUGAUGAGGAGUUAUAUGCAACAAAGACUGAGUGCUCUUGGAUAGCUAGUGUGGUGGUUCUUGUCGUACCAUUAGGAGCUGUCACUAUUGGCAUGGUGAUGGACAAUAUAGGAAGAUUGAAUGCUGUCAAACUAGCAAUUAUACCUACUAUUCUUGGAUGGGGAUUAAUAGCAGCAGCUCAAAACGUUACAAUGAUCAUUGUGGGGAGAAUUAUAGUUGGAUUAGCUACAGCAUGGGGAUCAAUUCCUGCUACCGUUUAUAUCACAGAGAUUGCAAGGCCAGAUGUUAGAGGAACGUUGGUUUCAGCAGCUCCAUCUUUAUCAUCUAUAGGUAUGGUGGUGUGCUUCCUGAUGGGAUGGUUCCUGCACUGGAGGACGGUAGCCUGGGUGGCCAUCCUCUACGCGUCGGUGCCCAUCAUGCUGCUCUUCUGCAUCCCGGAGAGUCCGGCGUGGCUGGUGUCCAGAGGCAAGAUCCAGCAGGCCGCGGAUUCUCUGCGGUGGUUCAAUAAAUACCAGCCGCAACCGGAAAACAGGGGCGAAUCUCUUGCAGAACUUCAACUUAGCCUUCUACAGAGGGAACACCAAACCAAGCUAGAGGAACAAGCAUGGAAAGGAGAGUUUGGAGCUAAAGCCAAAAUGAUGGAGUUCCUGAAGCCUACCGGCUACAAACCUUUGCUCGUGCUGUUUGGAUUGUUCUUCUUUCAACAGUUCUCAGGCAUCUACAUCACUCUAUUUUACUCUGUUACUUUUUUCCAGGCAGUGGGUAGCGAUUUCAACCCAUACUUAGCAUCGACAUUCAUCGCCGUCAUCAGGGUGAUAAUGUCUUGUAUAAACACCUACAUGCUGAAAUACUUCCGAAGAAGGCCACUGGUGAUUGUGAGUGGCUUUGGAAUGGCGAUUUGCAUGCUACUUUCGGGACUGUUUACCCAUUUAGUGAAAGAAGGUUCUUUCACCCACACCUGGGUACCGGUUUUUUUUCUUCUUCUCUACGUAGUCACUUCCAUGAUCGGUCUUCUGCCCAUACCUUGGACGAUGACUGCCGAACUGUUCCCGAUUGAGAUCCGAGGAGCUGCCAACAGUGCCACCUACAGUCUGGCAUACGUCACGAUGUCGGUGUCUAUCCAGAGUUUCUGGACCUUGGAAAGUUGGUUUCAGGGCAUCGCAGGUCUGCAAUGGUUCUUCGCUGCGGUUUGCAUCCUCUCCUCGGUCUACACCUAUGUUUUCCUUCCGGAAACCCACGGCAAAAAGUUGUCAGAUAUCACGGAGUAUUUUGUGCACAACACGAUCUUCCUUGGAUCCACCAAGCAAGAACAAUCAACUGGAACAGUUGGCAGGAAGGAUAUCCAUUUGACCAAUGGACAGAGUCAGAAACUCAUAAAGAAAUCCUUAUCGUGCUAAAUGGUUGCCAACAAUCAUUAUUCCAAGGGAUAGGAGAGAUGCGAACAGGAGAAGAGAUUCCUACAAGCGUCUAGCCACACCAUUAUCAUCGGUGGCUUUCUGAAAAUUCUGAAUAGGCAAAAACAGUAAUUUCUGGAAAAACGAAUACUAUGACCGUCAGGAUGAGAAAAUCAAUUCGCUAAGAAAUGCUGCCGUUAGGACUUGAUGGAAAAUCGUCAGCGUUACUGACGUCACAAAUUCUAUAAUGCGUCGGCCGUCUAUUAUAGUCCAGGUACUGGUGAUAUGAAACGUUUUCCCAUUUCACACUGCAUGCCUUUUUGAGCUUUUAUUAUUGACCACAAAGAGGGAGAAACUCAAAAUCAUUACCACAUUAAAGUUCAUAAAAUGAACGAAAAUUGUAGAUAACGAGAUAAAAACAAGUACUGCCCUGGCUAUAUGCCACGCGGAACAUGAGUUUCAUCCCUCUGAUAUUUAUGCAACGAUUCGUAAAGACUAAUACCGCUGCAAGGGAUUAUUUCCUAAUUGCUGAGCUGUGCCAAAUUGUUCAGGAACGCUAGACUACCUACAGAUCGGUUUCGAGCUUCGAGCUCUCAUCAGUGCAGGGGUGUCUCCAAAUCGCAUUCUUGUCCACCAUGUGCGAACCUGGACUAACACAAACACAUCCCAGCAUUUAAUACCCAAGAGGCGUUCGGCGUCUGCGAAAUAUGGACCGAACCUGAGUAUAAAGAAAAAACACUUCAAAACAAAUUCCCAUUUCAAAUGAAUGGGAGUGGCUGGUUACCCGACCGGC